AGGUGAUACUUGAACAACUGCGGGGGCGGGCGAGUGCCGCGGAGCAAGGAUACCGGCAUAGGAGACAGCAUGGCUUCCCGGGACACACCACCGGCCACCAGCUAUGCCCCGUCCGACGUGCCCUCAGGGGUCCUUGCUGUGUUUGUCACCAUCCCCUUUGCCUUCUUUCUACCGGAGCUGGUGUUUGGGUUCUUGGUCUGGACGUUGGUGGCUGCUACACACAUAGCGAAACCUUUGCUGCACGGAUGGGUGCUGUAUGUGUCACUCACCUCGUUUCUCAUCUCCCUGAUGUUCUUGAUGUCCUACUUGUUGGGGUUUUACAAACGUUUCCAGUCAUGGAGGGUCCUGGACAGUCUGUACCAUGGAACCACAGGCAUCCUGUACAUGAGUGCCGCUGUCCUGCAAGUACACGCCACUAUCACUUCUGAGAAUGGUGACACAACCCAAUACUACAUCAAUACUUCAGCCUCAUUCUUCGCCUUCCUCACCACCCUGCUCUACAUUCUGCACGCCUUCAGCAUCUAUUACCACUGAAGUGCAGGAGAAACAACCCAGUGAGACUCACUUUCUGGGGGCUGUGUGUGAUUAUCCCCCAAAGCAGGUCCUGCCGUUUCCCAUUCAGGUGAUAAAUGGAAGAUCCACCAAGCCACCCAUGGGGUCAACAGACUAUCUUUCUGAAAUGUGUGAGGAGACUCACUUUGGCAUUUUUCUCUUUGGACAUUCUUACUCCUCAUGGUGACUAUGAGAAAACUGUUCUGCCACCAACAAUGACUGGCCCCUACCCUGAAGAGCCAUCCCACCCCCUCCCUGAAGAUGACUGCCUCUUCAAGUUUCCUGACCAUGAACUCACUUUUCAAGAAAACCAACUUUGAACUCCUCACCGUUCAAAAUACCAGCUCUGCCAAUCACACCUGUUUAGGACCUUUUGUCUCGGCAAUGGUGCUCCCCACGAUAAGUUUAGAAAUAUUCAAUCCUAUUUUCCAAAAUAAUCGAGGCUCCAUGAAGGCCUGAGGUCUAACGCCCUCGCAUGGACCUUCCUUGUAGCCUCUGCAGCUGCCCUGGAGCAGUUGUCCAGCCCUGCCUAUUUACCCCAACCUCACCCCUACUUCCUCUGCAUUAAAGAUCCAAGGAAAAUGUAUAUAAAACCAAUUCUGAGGGUAAAUUUAUGGGAGAAAUACACAGUUGGGUUUGGGGAGUCCCAGAAUGGGAAAGACACAGCCAGUUAAUGCAUAAGCCAGGUACCUCAGAAACUGCUGGGUUCAGUGUGCCUGUGUGGAGCCUCAUAGACCAAUUUAAAGACCAGAAGAUUUCUCCUCCUUCGGGAAAGACUUCAACAAAGGAGAUUUACCAUGGAUUUACCUUCCAGCUCCUCCCAGAAACACAGCAGGAAGCAGUAGUUGCUAUAUUGUGGCACCGGUUCUGGAAGGACCCCUCUGGAGGUCUGUGCUGACUUCUGUGUGCCCCUAACUCUUCCUGGGCACCCUCUGGAUGGGGCCAGUCUUCAGGAUUCAUCAUGGAAGGGAGUUUGUGUUUGGAGGUCAUUUUUCUAAGAACAGGCCUUGUGAGAAGAAAAGUAUGAAGUCAAGUGAAUACUCCCAGAGCAAGCUGGGCUUUCCAACCUGUCACCACCCGGGAGGGUCUCAGCCCCUUGCCAAGGGGCCAGCAUGACUGGGUUUUCUCACCCAACAGGCCAACAGGACACAGUCCCACGACUCCCUAAAUAGAUAAUUGCCAAAAGGGAAUGAACUGAAUCUAAGUUUUCUCCAUUCGGGUGUGUUGGGAGGGGUGAGGGGUGCAACUCGGCCUCACUAUUGUUUACCAGUCACUUACUAAUUGCCCUGACAUCUUGAGAAGUCAACACCUAUCUCUUAUUUUGUAGUCUGGCAGCUGUUUGUGAUGUUCACCAUGGAAUAUUUCCUGAAUGGCCACAUGCAAAUAAAAGAUGUUUGUAUAGUG